AUGGAAACUGCUGACUUCUACUACGUUUACUACUUAGCCCAGGACUACCUGCAGUAUGUGCUUCAGGAAUCACAGCUGGGGCCAGCCCAGACCAGGGUUGCUCAUGUCCUACGCCACAUUGCAUCUUCUCUGCAAGACCAAACCGAGGAGGCUGUCCGGCCGCUCUUGGACAGCAUCGACAUCUCCUCGGUAGCUGCUGCCAAGAGGAUCUUCAAUGGUGUCAUGGAAGAAAAAUUUGCUGAUGGAAAUACUAACUGGGGACGAAUCAUGACCAUAUUUACAUUUGGAGGGCUUCUCACUAAGAAGCUUCAAGAGCAUGGAGUUCAGCUGACCGGUGAGGAGAAGGAGCAGAUUUCUUAUUUCAUCACCGAGUACAUAAUCAACAACAAAGCUGAAUGGAUAGAUGCCAAUGGUGGCUGGGAAAACGGCUUCCUGACAAAGUUUGAGAGAAGAUCCCCACUGUCCUUCUCCAAAAUCACAGCCAUGUUCCUGGCUCUUUUUGCCCUGUUCAGAAAGUACUACUGA